AUGGAGCUGUUACUCCUCGCCAUAGGUCUCCCUUGCAUGAGUUUCACCAAGUUUGUCGCUGAGGCUGUAGUCAAGCGCGCGACACAACGCAGCCGAUUCAAAACCAAUUGGCUCACUGUUUUCAACCAAGGAUGGGUCAUUGGAACACCAACCGAGGGCCUUUCAAACCCGGAUGACUAUAUCUGGCGGCUGGCGGCGACGUGCAUUGACAUAGGAGAGUACAACGCUGCUGAGGUGGAGGGGUGGCUUUCCAUAUCCGACGUCACAGCCACAGCUACAGUGAUUAUUGACGCAGUACUGGGCAAAGAAAUGAAGAAAGUGAGCGGGAAAGAGCCAGAGGAUGGCAUGGCAUGGAGGGAUUUCUAG